ACAUGGGAUUGUCUUCUAUGCUCACCAGUCAGCGGUCUCUCCCAGUGCAGCUGAACAAAAUGGCGGACAAAACAGACAAUGAACAGAGCGAGGGGAAUUUGCCAGCGAAAAGCACUCCUAAAGAUGCUUUAGUCAUGGGAGCUAUUUUAAAAGAGAUGGGAAUCAGUGACUAUGAGCCGAGAGUUAUCAACCAAAUGCUGGAAUACACUUACCGUUAUAUUACCACUGUACUGGAGGAUGCAACAGUUUACUCCAAACAUGCUGGCAAGAAAGAACUUGACGCAGAUGAUGUGCAGUUAGCCAUACAGUCAAGACUGGACCACUCCUAUACAAAUCCACCUCCGAGAGAGUUUCUCAUUGAGAUUGCUCGCCAGAAGAAUCGACACCCUCUACCUCAGAUCCAGACAAAGAGUGGUUUACGGUUGCCACCUGACAGAUACUGUCUGACCUCCACCAACUACAAAGUCAAGACACAGAAAAAGCAUUCUCAAGUUCGUUCCAACCCAGUGGUAGCAAGAACAAUCUCCCAGUCUUCAGUAUCAACGCCUGUCAAAGCCACUCCAACUACUAUUAUAACUGUCAAAAUGCCGGUAACUGCCCCAGUAACAGCAUCUGCAGGAGCUGCAGCAAAUGCUGCUGCUGUGCCAACUUCUAAAGUUGUGGGUAGUGUGACUGUUAAACAGGAGCCAAUAGGGAUUGCUGCUACUCACACAGUACAGAAACCUGGAGUGGCAACAACAACAGCAAAAACAAUACAGAUAAAAAGUGAACCUGGAACAACUCCCAUUAAAAGUCAGCCCAAAACAGGAGCCACGGCAUCUCAAGUCACAGGUAUCCCAGCUUCAAUGCUCACAGUAUCAGCUCUUCCAAGCAUGGAUGAGACUGUCGCCAGCACUCAGCAGCCAUUAAUCACACCAAUCAAACGAAAGCACGAGGAUGAAGAUGAUGAUUAUGACUCAUAGUUUUUUUAAUCUGUACACAAAAAAAUUUCAUUGAUCUUUUUGUAACACUAGUAAGAUGUCUCUGCUGCAAGAUUAAGUGAAAAGUAGCACUUCUAGUUGUCAAGAGUGCAAAGUUUUUCCCUGAAGAUAAAAGGGUAUGAUGCACAAAAUUUAUAGCAGGAAGUGCAAUUGAGACACUACAUUUCAUCCAACAAAUAUGGACUGAUUUCCAGUCUACUAGUUGUGUGGUCAUGUACUAUAUUGUGGAUUGUGUAUUGUGGAUUUUAAGGUGCGAAUAAUCUUUGUUCAAUUCAAAAUAAGUUUGUAGAGAUUUCAGACCUAUUUUUACAAAUUAAAAAAAUCCCAGACCUGAGACAUGUUUUAGUCACGACUGACUUUAUGAACCAUUGUCCAACAGUUUAGAAAUUAACUAAAUGUACCAUCAGAAGAGAGAACCAGUUUGCACAACCUUUGACUCUGGCCAAGUUAAUGAGUUUUCUCAUAUCCAAAAGACUACAGUGUUAUGACUCUUGCAAAAAAGAGAGACUAGGAUAAUUUUCCAUUAAUUUUAAUCUUAUGUAGUUGUUCCACUUUCCAAAAGGCAGAAUAGUUAUAGUCACUUGUGAAAUGUAAAAAGGUUGAUAGUCUUGUUUAAAAGCUGGGCCAACAGUUAGUAGUUUUAUAACAUCAGAUGCAUCAUGCAAAUUAUGAAACUGAUACACAACUAUACUUGUUUCAUUAAUUAGCUACCACUGAGCAAAUUUCCAGUAAAAUCUUUAUUUAUCCAUGGAAUCCUCUUUUAUAUGAGUUACAUUCUCUCCUUCAAAGUUACGCAUCAAAGGUGAUACAAAGUUUGCAAACUCAUUAAUCAUAGAUCAAGUUAAAACUCAGGAGUUCAUAACCGUGACAGUGUUUGUGAAUCCUAUUAGUUUUGAUUGAGAAGAUGUGUCAGAUUUCAUUAGAUUUUUUACGUUCAUCAAGAAUACUCCACCAGCAUGUUACAAGUAGUUUUCUUGGUAUUUAAAAAAUGUGGUGAAUUAUUGUCUAUUGCAAAUGAUACAUCACUUCUGAACAAGUAUACAAUGUAGCUAUCUUACAAAGUUUACAUUAAAUGUAUUCAUAAUGAA